AUGCCGCUUCAUCUUUUAGGGAAAAAGUCAUGGAACGUCUACAACCCCGAGAACAUCGAACGUGUCAAGCGCGAUGAGGCCCAAGCGAAGGCCCGAGAAGAGGAGGAUGAACGCCGCAUGCAAGAGGUCGAUGCCGAGCGCCGAAUCCAAAUAUUGCGUGGCGAGCGUCCAUCUACACCUCCUCCGCCACUGCCCUCGCACUCUGCCUCUGAGGCGCGUCAGAUAUCAGAGAGGACAUCCGUCGAUGGUGCAGGACAACACCGAAAGCGACGUCUUGCAGGAGAAGAUGACACGGAUAGGGAUAUCAGAUUAGCUCGCGAGGAUGCAUCAAAUGCCAGUGCUGCACGAGAUAGACUCGCGCUCACCUCUAGCCGAGAAGGUAAAGGCGCCGAGGCACCGCUAGCGGAUAGUGCUGGUCACAUCAACCUCUUCCCAGUCGAAAGUGGCAACAAGAAGGCAGAGAAGAAUGUCGAAGCCGAGGCUGAGGCUGCGAAGAAGAAACGAAGAUAUGAAGAUCAAUAUACAAUGCGGUUCUCCAACGCUGCAGGCUUCAAGGAAAAGAUCGGCCGCCAGCCAUGGUACUCCUCCUCCGGCCAGGAUCUGGCUGCUCCAGAUUCUCAGCCUGAGAAAGAUGUCUGGGGCAACGAAGACCCGAGGCGGAAAGAACGAGAGAAAGCGCGCAUGGACUCCAACGAUCCUCUGGCAGCCAUGAAACGCGGCGUUCGGCAGUUAAGAGCCACAGAGCAAGAGCGAAAACGAUGGAAUGAGGAAAAACGAAAGGAGCUUGAGACAUUGAGAUCUGAAGAACGGCACCGGUCAAAGCAUCGUCACAGGAGACGAUCAAGGUCGGUGGACAGUCUGGAAGGGUUCAGCCUCGAUACGCCAGAAGUGAAAGCCCCUAACCAGAAGGAGCAUAGAAGCUCCGGGCGGCAUCACCGACACCAUCGCGAGGACAGAAGUCGAGAUCGCUCGCAUCGACGAUCAAAUCACCGCUAUGAGCACUCUCAUGGACAUCGUGAUAGCACCCAUCGGGAUGAUAGACGUCCACAGCGAUCAGAGAAGCGCUCAUCUCAUGAGCGGCGUUAA